UUAUACACGAAAAUCCUCUGAUUUUGCGCAGGAAGAAAAAAGGAUACAUGUUGAGUUCCAUAUAUGUCGAGAAUUGGGCUGAGAUCCGGUGCCUCGAGAGAGGCGAGUAACGCCGUGCCAAACAGAAAUUCUGAGAUGUCUGGCCUGAUUUUUUUUCACUUUAAACCAGGCACGUCCGUUACGAAUCAUCGGCACUUGCACCCAUGAUGGCGAUAGAUCACGGUGGAGCUAGCGGCGGACAGGAUUGGAUCAAUCAGUUUGGGGGAGCUAGCUAGCUAGUGCGUCCCUGAGUCCCUUGUCUUGGAACAUCGCCGGGGAAAGCAAAUUCUCAGCUAGCUAGCUAUAGCGCUAGCAGUGGCGUGCGUGCAAGAACUUGAUCGAUCCAACACCAGCUACAUAAACGGUGGCGAAGCUUUGCUAGCUAGCGCACGUUUCUUGGUUGCGUAAGACUUGCUCUGCUUUCCAUUCCAUCCAUGGAGAACACCGGGCCGCUGAUCCACUCGACCCCGUCCCACGCUUCGCUCCCGGCCGCCUUCGUCCUCGCCGCCGACAAGCUCCCGCCGGCCUCCACCGCCGCCGCCGCCGCCGUCUCCCUGCCCGUCGUCGAUCUCUCCCUCCCCCGCGACGAGGCCCGCCGCGCCGUCCUCGCCGCCGGCAAAGACAUCGGCUUCUUCCAGGUGGUGAACCAUGGCGUGCCCGCGGAGACGAUGCGGGCCAUGGAGGAGCUGUGCGAGGGCUUCUUCCGGCUGCCGGCGUCGGAGCCGGGCAAGGCGGCGCUCUUGUCGGAGGACAAGAAGAAGCCCAACCGCCUCUUCUCCGGCGUCACCUACGACACCGGCGGCCAGAAGUACUGGCGCGACUGCCUCCGCAUCGCCUGCCCUUUCCCCCUCGACCCCUCCAUGAUCAACCAAUGGCCCGACAACCCCCUUGGCCUCAGGGCCGUGAUUGAGAAGUUCACGGUUCAGACAAGAUCCGUGGGGAUGGAGAUACUCAAGCUCCUAAGCGAAGGCACCGGUCUCCAGCCAGACUACUUCUGUGGCGACAUCGCCGGCGGCGACGUGAUCCUCAACGUCAACCACUACCCGCCAUGCCCGAACCCGGAAAAAGCUCUCGGCCAGCCGCCUCACUGCGAUCGGAACCUCAUCACGCUCCUGCUCCCGGGAUCCGUCAACGGGCUCGAGGUCGCCUGCAAUGGCGACUGGAUCAAAGUCAACCCCGUUGACAAUGCCUUCGUUGUCAACUUCGGGCAGCAGCUGGAGGUUGUGACAAAUGGCUUGCUCAAGAGCGUCGAGCACCGGGCGGUGACUAAUUCGGUUAAGGCGCGGACGUCGGUGGCCACGUUCAUCAUGCCCACGGAGGACUGUGUUAUUGGGCCGGAUGAGAGGUUUGUUAACGAGGAGAACCCCGUGGGGUAUCGGACCACUGUGUUCUCUGAUUUCAUGCGGAUCUAUAAUGUUGUGAAUUUGGGGGCCUCGCUCAAUCUUACGACCAAUCUCAAGGAUGUUCAGAAAGAGGUGUGAAACCCAAGAGAAGGACAGGAUUGAGGAAAGUCGUUCGUUGGUUAAGAUGGGUAUGAUCUUGAUUAACUUAUCCCUGUUUUUGUUGUUGUUUCGUGAUUCGAGACCAUGAAUAAUUGACGAGUGCAGGAUGUUCUGAAAUUUUGAACACUUUGUACUGGUAUUCAGUUAGAAGGCAAUAAUAAACUUCUUUGAUAUCAUAUGUAUAUGGAUCCCUUAUUAACGUAUUUUCUUUCUUUA